AUGCGCUCUCUGAUCACAAGCCUCCUCCUCGUGGCAUCGUUGUGGCAUUCUCCUGCCAACGGCGACACCACAACGCAAGAUGGCACAGCAUCCACGCCCAAAAAUGGGACUCAGUUCAAGCAUUUCAUUGCUUUAAAUGAUACUCAAACCUGUAUUGGGGAUGUCCAUGCACGUCCCUUCAACAACCAGAUUCGUGGAGUCAACUUGGGUGGAUGGAUGGUCUUGGAACCAUGGAUCACACCCUCCAUGUUCUAUCAGUUUCUUGGCAAAGGUGAGGGAACGGCUGCCUUUGAUACUUAUACCUUCUGCCAAGUCUUGGGAGCAGCGGAAGCCAAUGAGCAGCUACGAAGACAUUGGGAUACUUGGGUGACACGAGAAAUUAUUCAAGAGUUGGCCGAUUCUGGGGCUGUCAAUUCCUUACGAUUGCCGGUCGGAGAUUACAUGUACAAGUCCUAUGGGCCUUAUGAUGGAUGCUUCGAUGGUGCACUGGAAAAGGUUGACGAGUUGCUUGAUUGGGCCUAUGAGAGUGGAUUGACGGUCUUAUUUGAUGUUCAUACUCUCAAGGACAGUCAAAAUGGUUUUGACAAUUCCGGACAAGCGAUGGGUUUCAAAUGGACUACUGCACUGAACUCUGAAUUCGCUGGAGAUGUUUCCUUUGAGCACUGGCCCAUUCGUUCCGCUCGUUGGAUUGGAGAAUUUGAUCCAGACACGGCCAGUUAUCCUGUCAUCAACCGGCAGAAUAUCAAACAUGCACUGGAUGUGGUUUCGGAGAUUGUGGAUCGAUACAGUGGACACCCCGCAGUUCUUGGCAUUGAACCCGUCAACGAGCCUUGGCAAUACACUCCCAUCAAAGAACUCAAACAAUUCUAUUGGGAAGGAUACUUGAUUGUCAAGAAAGCAGCACCCUACUGGAAGUACAUCAUGCACGACUCUUUCCGUUUUGAUACUUCUGUUUGGGGUGGUUUCAUGGAUGGCUGCCCCGAACGUGCCCUCGAUACGCACAUCUAUCAAGCUUGGAGAGACCCAGACUCCCGUGUUGGAUUCUACGUUGAUGCUUGCCAACAAAAGGAUAAAAUUGCGGCCAUGGAGCGCGAGUUUGGCCCAGUCGUUGUCGGAGAAUGGAGUCUCGCAACCGACAACUGUGCCAUGUGGUUGAAUGGAUUCAAUGACAACUUGCCUGGAUUUCCACGUCUUCCCUGCAAGUACAUUCCAUGUUCAGAACCUUACAUGGGACGUGAGCAGCCUGGUGCCCCAGUGGAUAACACCAAACCAAUUCAAGGUCCUUACGGUUCUGGUAUGAGUGGACCCAUUUUCGGAUAUUGCCCAGUCGAUAGGGAUUGGCUCAAGGAAUCUUCGGGUAAUCCCCAAACUGGUCGAGAUUGGGUACGAGCUCCUCCAGAUGCUCCAAGUCAUUUGGACGAUAGCGACAAUGUCAUGACGCACUUGGCAUACAAGAAAAUCAAUGCCUUUUCGGGUAUCGGACACGGAUUCUACUUUUGGAAUUUCCGCACUGACGUUGCGGAACCAAGAUGGUCGUACAUGCUGGCAUUGGAGAAGGGAUGGAUCCCAAAGGGAAACCUCAACGAUGAACGGAUCCAAAACGCAUGCCAGGCAGAGGACAAAUUUGAAUUCAAGUGUUCUUUGAAGCAUAAUAUCGCAGAAGAGGCCAUCAGGGAGGCUAUUUCCUACAUUCUGGAUGCAAACAAUGAAACUGGCACUGCUGAUGAUGAUACCAGCAGGCUAGACAUACUUACACUCACUGGACCAGAACUUCGUUCGAGUGCUGGAGAGUUAAUCGAAAACUAUUUUGAGGAUCACAAAGGAGAAGGUGCCACUUGCGAUUUUGGAGGCAUUACUAUGCUGGUCGAAAUCAACCGCACCGUCACAGAUGAUGACGAAUUCGGCUGGGACGAUGACGAAUACCAACAGGAGAUUGUCUACAGCGGGCCCAGUACAUCGACUAUUGUUCUGAUUGGCUUAUUGUGUAUCCUUCUAGGUUUGAUCGUUGGAUUCAUCAUUUCCAUGCACAUGAACAAGAAGUUCAAUGAGAAGGUCCGGGAGAGCAAGUAUUUCAAGCGUGUGAACUCUUCUACAAACAGUCUUGUCCGAAAAUCAUUUGCACUUCCCGAUUACAGCAAUCCUGAUGAAAUUGAGAGACUCGUAACAGAGCAAAAUAAGCCUGGACAGAAGUCAUACAUGUAA